AUGGCCGAAGAAAAGGCUCACAACCCUUCGGAGCAAGAGAUUGAGCAUAAAGACCUGGAGGAGCCUAUCGUCUUCGAGGCUCUCGACACUGGCAUCAAGGCAACCAAAGAGGAGGCGAGGCUGGCUGCAGAGAGCUCGCAGAAUUUCAAGUGGGACAUCACCCUCUACCUCAAUCUGACGGCCUUGCUCUUCUGCUAUUUUGCGUCCACAUGGGGCCUGCUUGUUCCAUCCUCGUCAAUCCCCUUCAUCUUGCAGGCUUACCCCGAGGGCGCCUCAAGGGCUGCAUGGAUCGCUGCAGCAGCUACUAUACCCAAUUGUGUGAUCCAGGCCUUCGCCGGAGAACUGUCUGAUAUCCUCGGCCGCAAGAUCUUUUUGCUGGGGGGCAUGGUGCUUGGUCUGGUGGGCACCAUCGUCUCAAGUCGAGGAGACGGCGUCGAGAUGAUUAUCGGAGGCCAGGUGCUGAACGGUUGUGGUCUGACUCUGGGCUACCUGGCCAUCCCCAUGGUCGCCGAGAUAGUUCCCAAGGACAAACGACCGAUCCUACAGGCCGUGGCUGGUGGCGUCGCAGGCCUAGCAAUCCUCAUUGGACCUAUUAUACAAGGUCUAUUCAUCAAGAAUGAUGUCGGUGGUGUUCAGGAGGGCUGGCGAGCCGGAUUCUACGUCACCGCUGGGUUUUACGCCCUGACUUUCGUGCUCGUCUUUUUCUUCUACCACCCAGCCCCACGGCCGGUUGAGGAAGACACCAGUAUGCUCUCCAAGGUCCUUCACCUCGAUUGGACCGGGGUCGUCAUGGUCGCAUCAGGCUUGGUUCUCUUCCUGGUCGGUCUAGAGUUUGGUGGAAACCCUUACAGCUGGGUCUCCGCCAUUGUCCUCUGCACCUUGAUCAUCGGUGGGAUCGUUCUUAUUGCCUUUGGGAUCUGGGAGUGGAAGGGAACCAACGUCGGACUAUUCCAUCAUCGACUUUUCGAACAUCGAAACUUUAUGAUCGCAGUCAUACUGAAUGUUGUUGGGGGGAUUGUUCUGUUUGGUGGCCAAGCCUACCUCCCACAAGAGAUUGCUAUUCUUUUCACCCAGGACGCUGUUCUGACCGGCGUCUACAGUAUCCCCUUCAAUUUUGGCUCCGUCCUCGGAGGCGUCAUCGGUGGGGUUCUCAUGAGCAUCUUCAAGGAGGCCAAGGGGAUUGUGAUUACGUCCUUUGUGUUCCUCCUUAUCGGCGUCGGCCUCAUGGCUGUGAUGGAGCCACACAUCAACGUUGCGGCGUGGUUCUUCCCGACCCUGCUCAUGGGUACCGCCAUCGGCGCUCAGAUGACUUGCUUGUAUGUGGUCGUCGGCGUGUGCACACCCAACAUGCUCAUUGCGACCGCCAUGAGCCUGGUAGCGUCGAUCCGUGCGUUGGGGGGCAGCAUCGGGAUCGUCAUUUUCAGCCAGAUCUUCCACCACGAGGUUUCGAUCAAAUGGCCCGCGCAAGUUUCCAAAGCACUUCUGGAAGCCGGCUUGCCGGGUUCAGAACUGGAGGAAUUCAUCGAACUCGCCGCCAGUGGGGCCACGUCGCAGCUCUUGAAAUUGCCAGGGGUGACGCCGGCGCUGUUGGGUGUCUUUGAAGCGGCGAGUGCGCAGGCAUAUGCGGACAGCUUCCGCUUCAUCUGGUACUCGUUGAUCCCAUUCACGGCGCUCAGUCUGGCCCUGGCGUUCUUGCUGCAAUCGACAAAAUCCCAGAUGAACAGCCAGGUCGCCGCUGGUGUGAGGAGAGGACACUGA